GCAGUACCGGUUCUACCGGCGCGUAAUAACGUGUACGCUUAUGUGCUCACACCACGGCGGCCUAGACCCAUUUCCGAGGCGUACCUCCUACGCGCCCACCGGGACCGCGCGGUUUCGGAUCCGUCGAUCACACACCACUCGCGGACCUUUCGGAACGCGCGCGCGCCAUUUCGGACCCGUCGAUCGCAAUCCACUUGGACCGUAGCGUCCUGCGAUCGCAUCCUGUCUCCAGUCCCGGGGAUCCACACCGCGCCCUGCCGCCCGUUUUGCCACAGCGGCGCACACGUUUCCGGAAUGGCGUCGACAAUAGUAUCCGAAACAAUUGCGGGAUUGCCGAAGCAAUUGGCACCGACGGAUGAUCAGUGGUCAACCACUGUUGAGCAGUGCAAGUUACCGAAAACCGUACGAGAAAUCGCUUUGAAGGAGUUGCGGGAGGACGAAAACACGCGUGAACAAUGUCUUUUGGCAUUCCGACAGUGGAUAUUGAAAAACCCGGACAUCCAAAACGUAGACAUCGAAAGUACGUUUUUGUUGCGAUUUCUGCGAACCAAAAAAUUCAGCUUGCCGAUGGCACAACAAUUGUUGCUAAAAUAUUUGAAUUUACGUCAAAAGUACCCGAUGUACUUCACGAAUCUAGACUGUCUGAAUCCAGCGGUUAACGAUCUUAUAGACGCUGGAUACAUGUUUGUAUCGCCUUUUAGAGAUAACCACGGCCGUCGAGUCAUCAUCGGUAGUGCUAAAGGAUUUGAUCUCCAAAAAUUUACUAGCAAAGACUUGGGUCUUACGCAUAUGGUUACCUACGAAACGUUGUUAAACGAUGAAGUCAAUCAGGUUAUGGGAUUCACUCAUAUCGGUGAUUUAGCCUCCAUAAGUCCAGCCUAUAUAACUCUGUUUACUCCAAAUGAAUUCGCCACUCUUAUCAAGUGGGGAGAGCAAUCACUUCCUAUGAGACAUAAAGCAAUACAUUGGAUGAACGUACCGACGCCGAUAAAGUUUGCUUACGAUUUCUUCCAAACAAGACUUAGCUCGAAAAUCAACGGACGAAUGAAGGUGUAUAGUUCACUUUCCGAAUUACAUGAGGAUAUCGAUAAAAAAGUUUUGCCCAAAGAAUACGGUGGUGAAAUGCCAAUCGCUGAGAUGAUCAAACUAUGGAAAAAGGAGUUGCUAGCGGGCAGGGAAAAAGUAUUAGCUUUGGACAAAAUGCGAUUACUAUCAGAUAAAAAUAUAAUAACCAGGAAAACGAGAACGGAACAAAAUCAGAGCUUGGUCACCGGAUUCAAUCAGUUAAGCGGCAGUUUCCGAAAACUAGAAGUUGACUAAUAGAGUAUUAGUUUACAUUUUAAUUUUAAGAGUUAGACAAUUUCAAUCUAUAUUUUAUGGUGGAAAAACGUCUGAGUAUUUUUUGUUUUACACGAUAAUUUGUAUAAUAAUUUUCAUCGCUGUAUAUACAUAUUCAUAUACAU